UUCUUACUUCCACAGUCUUUUCACCUUGACAAAUCAUGUCAGUCUUUCGCAGUUUGAGUGCGUUCGGGUCAUCUAACCUGGUUUCCUCUGGUGGAAUGGUCAUGAAUGGAUUGGGGAGUUCAGGUGUCUCUUUGUCUUUUGGUGGACAGAAGUAUGGAAGCUCAAGGGGCAAUGGUGUCCGCAUCUCCAGAUCCAUGUCCACUUCAUCCUUGGUUAUGCCUGCUAACGAGGUCACACUGUGUGCCAAUGAGAAACAGACAAUGCAGAAUCUUAAUGAUCGACUGGCAUCUUACCUGGAGCGGGUGCGCACUUUGGAGCAUGCCAACUUGAAACUGGAGCUGCAAAUUAAGGAGUUUUAUGACAGCAAGUGCCCACUCAAGAGCAAAGACAUGAGCAGUUAUUUUAAAACCACCUCAGAGCUCUGCACACAGAUUCAUAGCCGUAUAGUGCAGAACACUGAGCUCCGUCUGAAGCUGGACAAUACCAAGCUUGCAGCUGAAGAUUUCCAUAUGAAGUAUGAGACAGAGAUGAACUUGCGUAUGGUUGUGGAUGCAGAUUUGGUUCGAUUGCGUGGGGUUCUUGGAGAGAUUAAAUUAUCUGUUGGAGACCUGGAGAACCAGCUCAAUGGGCUGAAGGAUGAGCUGCUGUACAUCAAGAAGAACCACGAAGAGGAUCUGAAUUUGUUGCAUAAACAACAAUCCGGCUCUGUUAACGUUGAGAUCGACUGUGCAACUCAAUCACACCUUGACAAAGAGCUGCAGGAGAUGAGAGCUCAGUAUGAGACCCUUAUUGAAAAAAACUGCAGGGAGGCUGAAAAAUGGUUUCACAACAAGGCUGAGGUUUUGCAGACUCAAGUAACCACCGGCAGUACUGAGAUCAAGACAUCUCAGACUGAACUCACUGUUCUCAAGAGAAAGGUCACGAGCCUCGAGAUAGAACUACAAGGGCUUCUCACAAUGAAACAACAGCUGGAGCAAAGUGUUACUGAUGUGCGUCUGCGCUAUGCGGCGCAGCUGAGUCAGCUGCAGUUGCGUAUAGACUACCUGCAGGAGGAGCUACAGAGACUCAAUGCCAACAUGCAGCAUCAGUCCUCAGAGUACCAGCUGCUGCUGGACAUCAAGAUGAGGCUGGAGAUGGAGAUAGCUGAAUACAGGAGGCUGCUGGAUGGCGAAGUGCAAGUGACUGUCAUAAGCUCGUCUGAAUCUUUAGUGACUAAAAGACAGAGACUGACAGAGAUAGUGACCAAAUCAGUGGAGAUAAAGGAGGAAGAGGAGGAGCAUAACCCUCAUCACCAGCGCAGAGUGAAGGUCAUUGUGGAGGAGCUUGUGGAUGGUCAAGUCGUGUCCACUUCGGUUGAUGAAAAACUCCAGGAAGUCAACUAAGAAGAUCCAACAAAAAACAUAUGCAAAGAUUAAUAUAUGCUAUUCAAUGAUUUUAACAGAAAAACAAUUAUGUGGCACAAAACAAUUCAUGAAACUGCAAAACUGCACAAGGUAGCAUACAUAAAUAUCAAACCACUAUUUUAGCACGUACAACAGAGAAGGAUAUCUAACCUGACCCUUUCCCUAAAAAUGAGUGGAAGUGACACCCCCUUUUGAAGUUGCUGUAACCCAAUUUUGGAGUAACCCUGCCCCUUCUGGAGUGUCCCUGCCCAUUUAAGAGAUUCUGCCCAAUUGGGAGAUCUCCACAAUAUCAUUAUGAAUAUAGAAUAGCUAAUGUUGAUUAUUGGCUCAGCAGCAAAACCAUUAAAUAAAUAAGCAUUUGUGUAAUUUUACCUUUGACACAAAACCUUAUAGUUACUGAGAUGUGGACCCCGUUUGUGUCUCUGUAUAACUGUAGGCUAGAUUUCAUGUUUUGUUGCUUUGAUGACUGUCAGAGAAGAACAACCUGACUCUGUAAUUUUGGUGUGUUUAAUAUUCUAGCCACUAGAGGUCACAGUGCGUCCAUGGUACGUAAUGCUCUAGUUCAUUGGUUCUCAAUCUUUUAGACUCAAAGGCCCCACAUUUUUGGAAAAAAUAUUUGAAGGCCCCCCCAUGUAGGCUAUUAGAUAUUUACAUUAUAAUAUAUAUCUAUUAUAAGAUAUUUCCCAAAAACGUGUGAUUCCAGUCAUUAAAUUUUUAGCAUUUUCAUUAAUAAUCUAUCAUAUUUUAAAUAAUUCUAAGAGAUCUUGAGGCCCCCCUGGAAUAGUGCUGAGGCCCCCUAGUGGGUCCCGACCCCCUGGUUGAGAACCACUGCUCUAGUUGGAGCACAGGAGGGGACGCACCGAUUGUGAAGAUAUUGCAACUAACAUAUGUUGCCUUGCAAAGGACCAGUAGUUAUUUAUCGUUACUUACUCUACCCUAAAACACAACUUGAUUUAAAUAUUAUCACAAUUAUUUUAAUAAACCACAUCAUGAUGAAAAAUAAAAAGAAUAUUAAUAACCCAAGUUUUUUUCAGACUUGAUUUGUGCCAAAAAAUAUUUUGCUUUUGCUGCAAAAGUGGCUAAAAAAUAUAAUUGCACUACAUAAUAUUAUUUAAAGGUAUAUUCUGGGGUUCAAUACAAGCUAAGCUUAACAGACAGCAUUAGUGGCAUAAUGUUGAUUAUCAUAAAAUAAACUACCACUGUGCUUUCCUAAACAUUUGUUUGUCAAUAUACUCUGCAAAAUAUUCCUGAUCCAUGAGAUCAUUGCGCCCAUGAGAUCACUGCAUGCAAUGUCUAAAGUUGUCUAUCUUCUACUUCUUCUUCUUCUUCUUCGUUUAUUUUCUCCCCUUUUCUCCCCAAUUUGGAAUGCCAAAUUCCCAAUGUGCUCUAAAUUCUUUUGGUGGCAUAGUGACUCAAUCCAGGUGGCAGAGGACGAAUCUCAGUUGACUUCGUGUCUGAAACUGUCAAUCCAUCUUAUCAUGUGUCUUCUUAAGCGGUUUACCGCUGAGAAAUAGCAUGUGGAGGCCAACACUAUUCUCUGCGGCAUCCACACACAACUUUGAGAACCACACAUUAUUGCGACCACAAGGAGGUUACCCUAUGUGACUCUACCCUCCCUAGCAACUGGGCCACUUUGAUUGGAGACCUGGCUGGAGUCACACAGCAGGCCCUGGAACUCGUGACUCCAGUGGAGGUAGUCAGUGUCUUUACUCGCUGGGCUACCCAGGACCCCCUAAAGAUGUCUUAAGAGUAAUAUUGAAUUUUUAAAAUGUUACAAAUUUAUGUAGCAAAUGAGAAUCCCUGAAUUUAUCGCAUUUAUUUUAGACAAAAUACUUAAUUGUGAUUUUCAGUUUUGUUCAAAGUGAAAAAUCUAAAGUUUUUAAAUAACUGUCCAAUAAGUUAAAGGAUAGUAUUUUAGGGUAAAAAGACCUCCUGUUGCAAAACACAUGGUUUAUCUUAAGUGGGGUGAAUAGAUUUAUAGAUUGCAUAUAGAAUUGAUUGUUUAUAGAAUA